AUGAUGGAGCUUUGCUGCAAUAGAGUGUGUGGUAUGUUUCAGGCCUCUGUGGUCUUUGAGGAUGUGGCUGUGUACUUCACCCCGGAAGAGUGGGCUUUGUUGGAUCGAGGUCAGAGGAAGCUCUACAGAGAUGUGAUGCUGGAGACCUGCAGGAACCUGGCCGCAGUGGAAAACCCGGUGUUUCAUAACAUUGGUGAUCAGUCCCAAUCCCAGGAGAGGCGUUUGAGAAGUCCUUUGGUGGAGAGUGUCUGUGAACGUAUUGAAGGAGAUCCAUGUGGAGAAACCCUGAACCCGAUUACAAGUCUUACUGUGCAUGAGGGGUGUCCCACUGGAGGCAAAUCCUGUGAAUGUGCUAAGUGUAGAGAAGCCUUCGCAGAUGGUUCCUUCCUUGAGAAACUGCGAAGAUCUCACCCAGGACUCAAACCUAGUCCUGGUGAGGAGUGUGGCCCAGCCUGCAGCUCUGUUACGAGCCUCAGCACUCACGUGGACGCAGACCUUGUAGAGAAACCCUAUGAAGGUCAGGACGCUGGGAGAGCAUCUGACAUAUACGCGAAGAGUCUCAGUAGUAAAAUAUCUCUAGAGUGCAAGAAAUGUGGAAAAGCUUUCACUUGCACGUCUUCCUUUCAGGGUCAUGUGCGAGGUCCCUGUGGACAGAGUGUCCACGUGUGUGACGUGUGUGGGAAAACCUUCUUGUAUCACUCCUACCUUACACGUCAUGUGAGAACUCACACGGGGGAGAGACCCUAUGAAUGUAUGGAGUGUGGGAAAACCUACAGUUGCCUCUCAUAUUUUCGAGAACACAUGAGAUCACACACUGGAGAGAAACGCUAUGAAUGUAAGGAGUGUGGCAAGACAUUCAAGUACCCUGCAUCCCUGCAGGGACACCUGAUGACGCACACUGGAGAGAGACCUUAUCUGUGUCAGCAGUGUGGGAAAGCCUUCAGUUGUCCCAAAUACUUUCGAAGACACGUGAGAACGCACAGUGGGGUGAAGCCCUAUGAAUGUACGUUAUGCGAGAAAGCCUAUAGUUGUUCCUUAUCCCUCCGGGAGCACGUGAGGACGCACAGCGAAGAGAGGCCCUAUGAGUGUAAGGAGUGUGGGAAGGCUUUCAGACACCCCCGAUACUUCCAGAGGCACGUGAGGAUGCACAGUGGGGUGAAACCCUAUGUGUGUAAGGAGUGUGGGAAAGCGUACAGUAGUUCCACGUCGCUUCAGGAACACGUGAGGUCGCACACGGGGGAGAGACCCUUUGAAUGCCAGCAGUGUGGGAAAGCCUUCACGCGUCACUCCUCCCUCCAAGGUCACGUGAGAGCACACAGUUUGGAGAAACGUUACGAGUGUACGCAGUGCGGGAAGGCCUUCCGUUGGUCCUCGUCCUUGCAGAAGCACGUGAGAACGCACCGUGAAGAGAAGCCCUACGAGUGCCAGCAGUGCGGCAAAGCCUUCUGGUAUCCCGCGAACCUGCGGGCGCACGUCAAGACCCACACGGAGGAGAGACCUUACGAAUGUCCGCACUGUGGGAAAGCCUUCAGUUGUCACUCCUCCCUGCAAGUACAUGCGAGAAAGCACAACGGAGUGAAACCCUACGAGUGUAAGGAGUGUGGGAAGGCCUUCUGGUAUCCCGUGAACCUGCGUGCUCAUGUGAGGACGCACACGGGAGAGAGACCUUACGAGUGCCAGCAGUGUGGGAAGGCCUACAGGUGUCCCGCAAACCUGCGGGUCCACGUGAGGACGCACACGGGGGAGAGACCCUAUGAAUGCCAGCAGUGCGGGAAGGCCUUCAGGUAUCCCGCAAACCUGCGGGCGCACGUGAGGACACACACGGGGGAGAGACCCUACGAAUGUCCGCACUGUGGGAAGGCCUUCAGGUACCCCACAAACCUGCGGGCGCACGUGAAGAUGCACACUGGGGAGAAACCGUAUGAGUGUAAAGAAUCUCCUCGGUUGGAGGAGGGGCACGUGAGGGCCGCGGAGUCGCCGGGUCGCGGGAUCAAGAGGAGGACGCCCGGAGAGCUCCGUGUGCGGCCGCGAGAUGUCUCUACCCGAAUCUCCGCCGUGGACCGCGGUCCUAACCCUAGAUCGGCCAUGGGCCUCGGGGGCGAGAGCUGCUCCCAUCAAGCAGCCCUGGAAUCUGAGUGUCCACAGCAUCCUGACAUUCUGGUUCCAGUUCUUGGAGCUGAUGACGAGGCAUAA